AUGAAUUUUUUAAAAAACUUAAAAAAGCCAUAUAAAGUUUUAGCACCAAUGGUCGGUAAUUCAGAACUUGCAUGGCGCAUUCUUGCUAGACGCUACGGUGCAGACAUCUGCUAUACUGAAAUGGUUAACUGUGAUACUUUUAUUAGGUCAAAAAUAAAUCCUUUGAGUAAUAGAUGGUACACUACAAAUAAAAUUGAUAGACCUUUGAUUAUACAAAUAUGUGGUAAUGAUGUAAACAAAAUGCUUAAAGUUUCACUUAUCUUACAGGAAUACUGUGAUGCCAUAGAUAUUAAUUUGGGCUGCCCACAAGAGAUCGCACGUAAGGGCAAUUACGGAUCAUUUUUAAUGGAUGAUUUGCUUAAAGUAAAAGAAAUAGUUACAGUUCUAUCAAACAACUUAAAAGUUCCUGUUACUUGUAAAAUUAGAAUAUUUGAAUCAAUAGAAAAAAGUGUAGAAUAUGCUAAGAUGAUCGAACAGGCAGGUUGUAAAAUGCUUACAGUUCACGGAAGAACAAGAGAUCAACGAGGUUUAAAUACGGGGCUUGCUUCUUGGGAUCACAUUAGAGCUAUUAAGGCCUCACUUAAUAUUCCAGUAAUAUCUAACGGUAAUAUUAUUAAUAAUUCUGAUAUAGAUAAUUGUGUAGAAUACACUAAAUGUGAUGGUGUAAUGGUUGCAGAGACGCAUUUAUACAAUCCAUUAAUUUUUAUUAAAAGACAUAGUAAGACUAAUAUAUCUAUUUAUAAAGAAUAUUUAAAUAUUUUUUUAGAAAACUACAAUGAAUACGACAUACACACAAUAAAAUCACAUACUUUUAAAUUACUUAAAAAAUUUUUGAAACAAUAUCCCGAAUUUAGUGAACAUAUCAAUUUAUGUAAGAAACUUAAGGAUUAUAUUAAUUUAUGUGAUGUAUUAGAAACAUUUAUAAAAGAUAAAAAUGUUGAAUCAGUAUACCUUGGGAUGGAUCCUUACAUUAGAAAAAUUUCAUAA